UCUGCCUCACCGUGUCGCCCAACCCUGUCAUCAGGAACAUGACGGAGGCAUCUUCCCUGCGUGGGAUCUGCUGGCAGCGAGCACCCGACGAAUACCGGGACUUCUACUACCCGGUGACCACGGAGGGCGUCAUCCAGUGCAUCACCAACUGCACGCCCAACAUGCCGAGCACCAUGGAUUGCCACUACGGCCAGUGCCACAUCACCCGGGCUGGUCCCCAGUGCUUUUGCCAGGAUGAAGCCCUGUACUGGUACACAGAUGCCCAUUGCUCCGGGCGAGUCAGCAAGUUGGCGAUGGGGUUGGGGCUGGUGGCCACCGUGUUGCUCGUCAGCUGCAUCAUCCUCAUCGUGGUGCUGGUCAGGAGACGCCGGAGAAAUGACCUUCAACCCUCCACCGGUGGCAACUGGUAUGAAGACGAUGGCUUGACCUGGCACUCGCCUGAUGGCUUCCUCUACCGCAACAUGGACACCGACAGCACCACAGGCGAGGAGCGUCCACACAACUUCACGCCUUCAUUGGAGCUGGUGGAUACCUCCAUCCCGAUGAAGAUCUCCAGGCCAAAAGUCACAACCCAACUAUGAUCCUGCAUCGGGGACGUCUCGGCUGUCAACAGAAGAAACGCCAAUGGGAAUGAAGAGUAGAGACCCCCACACACACCCCCCCACACCCAACCUCAACCCAACGGGUCUUCUCUCCCAAGGGGAGACCCAAAUCCACCCGGCGUGGCCAGACCACUGGCAUGUGGACCGUGCCAA